AUGAGACUCUACGUCGUUACGUGGGCUCUCUGUACCUUGGCGCGCACCGUCUCGGCGGACGCGCAUGAUGCUGAGGACAUGACGACCCUGUCGAGGCGACGGGUCGCUGAUCUAGCCGAAUUUUCCGAUCCCUCAUGGUUUGGCAGCAUUCAAAAAUGGAUUGAUACACAAAGGCCAGAUGGUACAUGGGCGGACGUCAAUUAUCUCUCGGGAUGCCCGGCGCGACGUGCCAAUUGGCCAAUUCAAGACCAUUGGAACCGCAUAAUCACACUGGCGGCAGCAUGGGGUGGUAACAGCUUGAUUGCGGACCAAAAGUGGACGAAUAGCACCAAGGCGUGGGAUGCGAUAUCCAUGGGUCUAGACUAUUGGUUCAAAACCGACUACAAGCCUGCAGCAUGCAUUGGCGAUGGCGGCAAUGCUACAUUGGGCUGUCCUUGUGGCACACCGGGGCUUUGGAAUACUAAUUGGUACGACCAGGCGAUUCUGAUACCACAGCUGAGUUCUACAGCCUGUCUGCUUGCCCGAGAUGGAAAUCUUUCAGAGGAGCAGCAAGAAGGGUGCAUUCGCUUGACGAGGCGAACGUACGACAACAUUGACCUAUCGUACGGCACUGGUGGUAAUCUCACUGCCGCUAAUAUCGUUCUUGUUCUACAGAGUGCUGUUAGCUUGGGCCUGUUUACCGAAAAUAUCACCAUUGUCGAAAAUGCCAUGAAGAGAGCAUUUAGUGUCAUGACAUUCUCCGACGAAGCGAUGCAAGACGGCAUUCACAGAGACGGCUCGUUCCUUCAGCACAAUGGCAUCCUUUACAAUGGCAAUUACGGUAAAGAUUUGCUCAAUAUAUUUAUCCAGCUCGAAGGCGAGGCUGUCGGAACGCGCUUCGCGGCCGACGACGCCACCAGAGAAGCCAUGUCGACGUACAUCAGAGGUGAUGAGUGGAUGAUCUUCACAGAUCAAAAGACGCGACAGCAGCACUGGGACUUUAAUGUCAUUGGCCGUUUCGUCAGCUAUCCAACCCAAGAUUUGCAAGCCAGCGCCGACAUCAACUUCAACGUCACCAAACUGGCGCGAGCUGUUGCGGACUUUGGCGGCCCAUAUAAUGUGAACAGCACAAGUAAAAGGCUUGAGUCCAACGGCACAGAGCAUCUUAUUGGAAACAAGGGAUUCUGGGCCAGCGAUUACAUGGUGCACCGCAGAGAGUCCUUCAUCAUCGGAAACAAGAUGCUCUCCACACGCUCAACCAACUCUGAGCUCGUCAACGGCGCCAAUCCCCUCGGCUACCACCUCGGCCAGGGCACGCUCUUCACAUAUAUCGAUGGCACCGAGUAUAAGGACAUAUGGGCGUCCUGGGACUGGAACCUCAUCCCUGGCACCACCGUGGUGCGUAAAAAGCCCGCGCCGACGUCGGCCGCGGUGCAGUACCGUGGCAAAAAGGACUUUGUGGGCGUCGUGAGCGACGGCCACGUCGGCGCGGCCGUCGAGGACUACGUGGACCCCUUUGACGGGCACAUUGCCUACAAAAAGGCCUGGUUCUAUCUCGGCGACGCGGUGCUCGUGAGCGUCAUGGACAUCCAGACCAAGAAUAUCACUAGCAAUUCACCGACAAUUACUGUGCUGGAGAACCGCGCCAAAGCAGACGGCGGCGCGUUUGUCGACGGUAGCCAGAUCAAACUCGGCAACGACACCAAAGCAGUCGGCUCUACGCUAUUUUACGGCGGCAACGGGUACAUCGCCUACGACAAGCCCUUUGAUCUCACCCUCUCCGAAGGCGAGCGGACAGGAAACUGGUCUGCCAUUUCGACCUCUACAGCCGGGCUGGCGACGGUGCCCAUCUUCUCCGCUUACAUGACUAUUGACGCGCCGAAAGCGACAUAUGCCAUACUCCCUGCGACUAGCCAGCGCAGGCUGGCCCAGGAAGCCGAAAAGCCAUCGUGGAUUCCCCUUGACGGCACCGGCAUCUCUGGCGCAGCGGGACAAGGCGUGCUGAGUGUUGUGUUCUGGCCGGGAGGUGACCGCUCCAUCACAGCCGACCUCGCGGCUAUCGGAUGGGCAGAUAGGGGCACGGUCAAGGUGACGUCGGACCAGCCAGGCGUCUAUCUGCUCACAGGCAGCAGGGCCGAGCCCAGUGAGGCCAUGAAGCUGGCCGUGUCGACGGCUGAUCCGACGCAGAAGCUCAAGACGGCCGCGCUGGAGCUCGUCUUUACGAGGCCCUUGGGUGAGGCGGUCGACGGUGCGUGCAGCCGGGCGGUCCAGUCGCAAGUUGGUUUUGCCUUUGUGCUGCCGACGGGCGGCAUGGCUGGCUCUUCGGUAAAGCAUGAAGCUUUUCUGCAGCUAGAGUAG